AUGAGAAACCACACAUCACUAACCCGUUUCAUUCUCCUAGGAUUGACAGAUGACCCACACAUGCAGAUUUUGAUUUUUCUAUUUCUCCUUCUCACCUACAUGUUGAGUCUAACUGGCAACCUGAGCAUCAUCCUUCUCAUAUUAGUGGAUUCUCAUCUCAAAACUGCCAUGUACUUUUUUCUCCAAAAUUUUUCCUUCUUAGAAAUCUCCUUCACUUCUGCCUGCAUUCCUAGAUUCUUGUACAGUAUAUCAACAGGUGACAGGGCCAUUACCUAUAACGCGUGUGCAUGCCAACUAUUUUUUACAUACGUGUUUGCAGUAACAGAAUUUUUUUUCUUGGCCGCCAUGUCUUUUGAUCGCUACGUGGCCAUCUGCAAACCCCUGCAUUACGUGACCAUCAUGAACCACAGGGUCUGCCGAAGGAUCGUCUUCUGCUGUCGGAUGGCCACCUUGUUGAUCAUCUCCCCACCGUUUAGCUUCGGACUGGCCCUGGACUUCUGUGACUCUAAUGUCAUUGACCACUUUGUCUGUGAUGUUAAUCCACUCCUGAAGAUCGCCUGCUCAGAGACAAGGUUCAUUGAACAGAUGACUCUUGCUGGCUCUGUGCUGAUCUUUAUCCUGACGCUCGUGUGUGUGGUUUUGUCCUACGUGUAUAUCAUCAGAACAAUUCUAGGAUUCCCCUCUGCCCAUCAAAGGACAAAAGCCUUUUCGACCUGUUCUUCCCACAUGAUUGUGGUUUCCAUCACCUACGGCAGCUGCAUCUUUGUCUACAUCAAACCUUCAGCAAAAGAUGAAACGACCCUUAAUAAGGGAGUGACGAUACUCGCUACUUCCAUUUCCCCCAUGUUAAACCCAUUUAUUUAUACUAUGAGGAACAAACAAGUGAAACAAGCCUUUAACGACUCAGUCCAAAGAAUUAUAUCACUCUCAAAGAACUAG